CCCGGCAGCAGCCGCCGCGACCCGCGCGGGGCGGGAAUGGGGCUCCGCGGUGGGGGCUCGGCUGAUGACAUCACGGCCGGGCUGCGGCAGCGCGGGCGCGCGGACAUGGCUGCUGCGGUUUCGGCGGCGGCCGCAAGCUGCGCCCGAGCCUGAGCGCCCCGCGCCCUCCCGCAAGGCCACCUGCCAGACCGCGCCAUCCGUGGGUGCGCGGGCCGCGCGCCUCUCCACUCCCCCGAGACAUCUGGGGGCUCAGCCUCUGCAGCAUCCCUUGGCGGAAUUGCUGGGGGCCCCGGCCUCAGGGGGCGCCAAGGAGCCAGGGGGGAAACCGUAAGGCGCUGCUGCCCCCCCACCUCCCACCUCCCAGCGCCCCGCCCCGAAGUUGGGGCUUUGGAAGAUGCAGCCCGGAAAAACACUGACUUUAGAGCUACAUUAAGAAUAGCAUCAUCUACAUGGACACUUCCUUCUACGUUUUCAGAAAAUUUUUGGUAACUGAGUGAGAAAAUGCAGAAAAUCUUUCAAACAGAUGAAGUUACUAAUAUCCAAGGUCUUAGAAAAGGAAAGAGGAAAAGGACAGAGACAAUGGAUUCAGAGAAUGCAAAUAGUGACAUGGAUAAAGGACAGAGAGAUCCAUUUUCUGGAAAUGCUUUUCUGCCUGGUGAGAGCUCCAGUGAGGAUGAUGAACCUUUAGGAGAAUUGUCAAAGGAAGAAUUGUGCACGAAAAUAAAAAAGCUGAAACAAAAACUAUUAAACACACGAAAAGAAAACAGCCGACUUCGACAGUCCUUAGUCAUGCUUCAAGAAAAAGGGAAGUGCUACUUCUCCUCCACUAUAGUCUACUGUGCUCCUCCACAUCUUCACUCCCACCAAUACUCCUUUAUAACUACAGUGUUACCACAUGCAGUCACCCAGUUUGAAGAAUUGAUUAGCAUGGCAGAGACCCUCCUUAAGGGUGGAGGAACAAUGCCUACCUCUGGCGCCACCCUCUGGAGAGCAGCAAACAACUCCUCAUCAGAGUCAUCUGUGUCCACAUGCAGUAAUUCUAAUUCUAAUGCCAGUUCACCAAUUUCCUUGAAAGCUGAUGAAGAACAUCAUAUUGAUGAGACACAGUUCAAGAUUGAAAAAUGGCAGAUUGCCCGUUGUAACAAGAGCAAGCCUCAGAAGUUUAUUAAUGAUUUAAUGCAAGUACUUUACACAAAUGAAUAUAUGGCGACACACAGCCUGACUGGGGCAAAAUCUUCUACUUCAAGGGACAAGGCUGUAAAACCAGCUAUGAAUCAGAAUGAAGUUCAAGAAAUCAUAGGUGUCACAAAACAGUUAUUUCCCAACACAGAUGAUGUUUCAAUUAGGAGGAUGAUAGGGCAAAAGCUAAACAAUUGUACGAAGAAACCAAAUUUAAGCAAAAACCUUAAUUCUCAGGAUAUUAAGUAAAUUCUUUGGAAUCUAAACAAAGCACUCUUAGUUCCAAAUCUAACACUGGAUUUUGUUGGAGAAUCUACAAUUGCCUUGGCAACAAGCACAGAAAGACAUAUGCAGUAACAGGCUGCGAGACAUCUAUAACAUCGCUGGGCUCUCAGACUGAUGGAGCAACAGGCUUGCUGAAGAAGCUGCAUGUAGAUUCUACCCUAAAUACCAAUGAUGCAUUAAACCAGAGUCUUCCAACAGUCAAAUAAGCAUGCAGAAUUGUUUUGUUGAAAAUAUGCAUUUCCCCAUUUUAAAAUGCUUCUUUGUGCAGCUUAGUCAGAGCUUCUUAUCAUAGUAACAAAAAAUUAAGCCCUUAAGAGUCACCAUUGUCCUAACCAAUCAUUAUGUAAUUAUUACAACUAAUGACUGCCCACUUUAAUUUUGACUUUUCUGAAUAAGAAACUAUUUGGAAAAGUAGACAGUGAAAUUACCAAUAUUUAUAAUCAUAAGGGCAGCAAAGUAAGCCAAAAAUCUGAUGAUUGUAUCUAACCAAGUAAUAAUUUUUAGCAAUAAAAUGAUAAGAUCAUCCUUAUGCCUAGAAAUGUGUAAAACAGUACUCUGGGGAAAAAAUGAGAGCAGAAAGUUCUUUUAUUUUAAUGUUAAACUACUCUACCACACACCUGCAAAACAAGUGAAAACAAAUUUUGUGAUUGUUAAAACAAUGCAUCAACUCUUGGAAAAAAAAAUUUAAUUUCCUCUAUUCAUUUACAUGCUUCUAAAUUUUUAUUGCCCCAAAGAAUAUUAAACACAGAUAUAUGAUGUAAAGCAUCAAUGUCUUCUAAAACAUCCCUUUUAAGAUACAAGUAUUUGUUUUAUAAUGUGUUAUACUGCUUAGUUUUAACUGGUUUGUAUUAAUAUUAUCAAGAAAAACAAAUUGAAAAUCAAAUCUUUUGGGCUUAAUAAAAUACAUAAAAAGAAAAAAAGUGGAGUUUUGUAAAUGAACGGAAUACAAUACAUUUUUCAUCAAGAGGCCUCUUUAUGGCAGGCUGUCAGACAUGACAGCUGUGCAAUGCUAACUCAUGCUUCAUCAACGCACAGGACAUGUUUAAACUUGUAAAAGAAUAAGUACAAUAAUCACAAAGCUCAGUUCUAUGGGUUCAGGGAACAUUUCAUAAAUAUUGCUUGAUAAAAAUGUGAUCGUACAAAGUAAAUAUUCUGAAGGGAAUAACUUAUGCUACCAUUUACUACUUUUCCUUAAAUAUAAUAAAUCCCACUGAAAAA